ACUGGCUGAGCUGUUCACAACACUAUACAGGCAAGCAGGGCUCAGACCUAGUUUUAGGCCAGGAGAUAAAAACCUCAGGCUGACUUGAAACUCUCAGAGCAAGUUGAGUGGCCCUGAGGUCUGGGCUGUUUAGACAGACUUCUGAAGUCUUGUUUGAUAGGUGGGCGUGCCCAGGGUGAUAUCUGUGCUGCCACGUGGAUUCCACUCACACACACACCCUCCCCAUGACAGCAGAACAGUUAGCUGUGAAAUGUGGUGUACUGUACCCUAUUGUAGGCAAGGGGCACAGUCAGUCAGCUGAUUAACUGGAGCAAAACUUUCCACCCCACUGGGGCAUUCAGUUUCUGGUGGCCUUGGGCUCGCUAGUUGGCUGAUUCAUACAGCUAAAGGGGUCAAAGCUGGAUUUUUCCUCUCUUUAAGGGAGAGGUGCUUUCACCUGAGAGCCAAGGACGGUCAUCUUCAGGUUGGAUAUCUUACAUGUGUCAAGAGACUGAGCUUUUUUUUUGUGGAAGAGUAGUUGAGUGAACAGUGCUACUUUCCAUACAUGUUACUGCCUCUGUACUGUUACAUGUACAGACCUAUGGGGAAAAGCAACUUCUGGGAAUUCAGGCCGUGAUAAGAAGCCGCAAUCUGUGAUACAUUUUAUCUCACGAGAUUGAAGUCAAGUAUCGUUUGGUGAACUGCCAGUCUUAUCCAAGAUUUGCAAUUGUGAUGAAGUGUGAGAGAGGAAGGAGAUCAUGAUGGCUGCUGAUCUAGUGUGACAUGAAGCUACACCUGGUGAGGAUUUUCCUCUGUUUGAUUGACCAGUAACGAUUACCUGAGGAGAGAAGAUGAUAUAGUCUGUGGUGACCUCUCCACACUAGCAAAGCGCGCUAUCGCUGAGAGACCACAUCGAAGACAGGCGAAUUGAGCUUAUCUGUGAUUCUAGCAACUUUUUUUAAAAAAAACAAAAAAAACAACCCAGAACCUUCUUUCACGAUGGCCAGCUUAAUGCGCAGACGUCGUGGCCUCAUCAUCAAGUUGAUUUUUGCUAUUCCCGUUGCCUGGUUUAUGGUUGUCAUGGUGAUGGCGUAUCAGGACAAACUGACGUUAUCGUCAGGAAAUGCUGGAGAAGUCGACAAACGGGAUUUGAGUGAGAGGACUAACAAGGGAGAUAAGCCCCUUGCGGACGGUGGUCACAAAAAUGAACACUUUCUUGCAGACGAUAGUUUACACGUGGGAAAAGUUAAUGACAAUUUAGGUAAUAAUAAAUUUGAUGAUAAUCUUAAUAAUAACCUAGACAAUUUGAAUAGGAAUAACAAAGUGGAUAAUCUUAAUCCUGUGUUCAACCAAGACAAAGAAGAGGAGAUAAAGAAACCUGUUCAUGAGGAACUACCAAAACGAGAGCCAGUGGACCCCAAUGCGCCAGGAGAGGGCGGCAAAGCUGUGCAAAUCGAUCCCAAAAAACUAUCACCUGAAGAGAAAAAAAAGUUUGAUGAUGGCUGGAAAAACAACGCGUUCAACCAGUAUGCCAGCGAUAUGAUCUCCUUGCACCGGUCGCUGCCUGAUGUGAGAGAUAAGGAAUGUAAAGACGUGAAGUACAGUGACAAUUUACCCGAUACCAGCGUAAUCGUGUGUUUCCACAACGAGGCCUUUACAGUGCUGCUGAGGACAGUGCACAGUAUUAUUGACCGCUCUCCGCCACACCUUUUGAAGGAGAUCAUCUUAGUCGAUGACUUCUCAGACAUGGAACACCUGCAGAAGCCACUGGAGGACUACAUAGCCAAGUUGGGCAAGGUAAAGGUCGUGCGGACCAAGCAGAGAGAGGGCUUAAUUAGGGCACGUCUCCUGGGGUACUCCGUGGCCACAGGGCAGGUGCUUACUUACCUGGAUUCUCACUGUGAAUGUGCUGAAGGUUGGUUGGAGCCUCUCUUGCACCGUAUUGGUGAGAAUAAAACCCAUGUGGUGUGUCCAGUCAUCGACCAGAUUAGCGCAGAAAACUUCUACUUCCAAUCUUUCUCAGCGUCGAUGGUGCAUGUUGGCCGUUUUGACUGGAACCUACAGUUUAACUGGAUGCCCAUUCCUGAUUACACCAAGGCUAAACGGACAAAUCCAAUCUCCCCUGUGGAAUCUCCAACCAUGGCAGGUGGGCUCUUUUCCAUCAGUAGGGAAUACUUCACCUAUCUGGGAACCUACGACCCAGGGAUGGACAUCUGGGGUGGGGAAAACCUUGAGCUUUCCUUCAGGGUAUGGAUGUGUGGAGGCACACUGGAGAUCAUCCCCUGCUCACAUGUAGGUCACAUCUUCAGGAAGCGCUCACCAUACAAGUGGAAGUCUGGCGUCAACGUUGUCAAGAAAAACUCCAUUCGAUUGGCUGAGGUCUGGAUGGAUGACUUCAAAAAGUACUACUACGAAAGAUUCAACUACGAUUUGGGUGACUACGGAGAUGUGUCUGAGAGGAAAGCUUUAAGAGAGAGACUGAAGUGUCACAGUUUUGACUGGUUUGUGAAGAACAUCUACCCAGAUUUGUUUAUACCCGGGGAGUCUAUAGCAUCCGGAGAGAUAAGAAGCAAGGCAAAACCUAUGUGUGUGGACAGUGCCGUUGACUCUCAUAAUAUGAACAAACCAGUAAAGAUGUGGCCAUGUCAUAACCAAGGUGGCAAUCAGUUCUGGAUGUUGAGCAAAAACUCUGAGAUCCGUCGUGACGAUGGCUGUAUUGACUACGCAGGCGGUGACAAUGUUCUCAUAUACCCCUGUCAUGGACAGAAAGGCAACCAGGAGUGGCAAUACAGAGAGGACAACACUUUAUAUCACGUUAACACAAAGAAGUGCAUGGAAGUGUCGAUAGAUGGACAAUCUCUGCAGAUGAAGCCCUGCACAGGAAUUGAUCGACAAAUCUGGAAUUUUGCUCGUAAAACAUGAACAUGGCCAUGGAUAGACGGAUAAACAUAUCAACUAUGCAUCUGCCGAAAAACCAAUGACUGUGACCUUGACAUAUUAAAAAAAAAAGUUCCUCUAUUUUCCUACGAAUUCCACAAAGGCUGAAUUUACCCAAACUGAGUAGAUGCGUCGCAUCAUUUGAAAAAGAUAAUAAUGUUGCUGUAUUUACUGUUUAUUACAGUUUUUAUUUUUCAUGUGGGAAUCGCAAGAGUUGAGUAAGAGUUUCAUGAAGUGUAACAACUCUUCAUUCCCAGAUUUGCGAAUUUUUGUUAACAUAUUUCAUAGACAUUUAGGCUUCAUGUAUGGUGGUGUGUACGAGCCAUAUUUGCUAUGUACAUAGUAUGGUGGGUCCUGUGGACCGUAUUUGCACCGACAUUACAACAGUGUCUGAGACUUAAUGACAUGACCCAGGGAUUUUCAGGGGAUGGCAUGCAUGUGAGGGAUUUGCUAAAAGCAAUGCCUUGAAGACAUUAACUGUAUUUAUUUACAUGACCACUGAACGAUGCAAAAAAAAAAAAAAAAUAUCAUGGAACUGAUAUAACCAUGCCGAUCAUAAUUUUUCUUCUGCAAAGCAUCUGUGGGCUGAUUGGGUGAAUGACCAGUGAUAUAAUGAGUGUUAUUCUCCUGGACCUGCUUGUUGAAACUGCGGGAUUCAUGUGAUGUUCAGAAAAAUGCAGAGGUAUAGUUUGGGAUGACACUGAAGUAGCUUGUACCUCUGAAAUUUGACCUUUGAUGUAUCAUGUCAGCACUGCCAGUCUUCAACAGGAUCAUGAAAAACUUUUUGUUUGUCAUCUGUACAUGUUCAGGUCAGUUUGACCUGGAG